AUGGCGACUCGUGUAUCUCUGGUAUCUGUGUAUCCCACCAGAGAGUCUCUGUGGAUGGAGGGCGCUAGUUCUAACAGGUCACCCUCCCCUACACCCACCUGUGUGUCCAUGAAGAGUGAUAAUUCCAUUGACAGAGGAAUUGAAUUUAAAGGAGGAGACGCUUCAACUGGACAGAUGGAGGGCGCUAGUUCUAACAGGUCACUCUCCCCUACACCCUCCUGUGUGUCCAUGAAGAGUGAUAUAUCCAAUGACAGAGGAAUUGAAUUUAAAGGAGGAGACUCUUCAACUGGACAGAUGGGGGGCACCAGCUCUAAUGGGAGGCAACCCUUCCUUACACCCACCCAUGUGUCCAUGAAGAGUGAUGAUUCCAUGGGGAGGAGAAUCAGCUUUAAAGGAGGAGACUCUUCAACUGGACAAUAUCAGCAGAUCCACAAAUCCCACCUGCUGAAGACGUUUCAGUGUCUGAUUGAGGGAAUCCCACAGCAGGGAGACACCAGACUCCUCCAUGAGAUCUACACAGACCUCUACAUCACAGAGGGGGGAAGAGGAGAGGUCAAUGAUGAACAUGAGGUCACACAGAUAGAGAGGAGAGAAGCAGCACAAGACAGACCAAUCAAAUGCAGUGACAUAUUUAAACCCUUAUCUCAACAAGUCAAACCCAUCAGAACAGUGCUGACAAAGGGAGUGGCUGGCAUUGGAAAAACAGUAUCUGUGCAGAAGUUCAUUGUGGACUGGGCUGAAGGAACAGCUAAUCAGGAUGUCCACUUCAUAUUUCCUCUUCCUUUCCGAGAGCUGAACCUGAUGAAAGAGAAGAAACUCAGUCUGGUGAAUCUUAUUCAGCACUUCUUCCCUGAAAUCAAAGAUCGAAAAAUCUUCACCAGUUCAGCACACAAAGUCAUGUUCAUCUUUGAUGGUCUGGAUGAGUGUCGACUUCCUCUAGAUUUCCACUCCAACCCGACCUGUUGUGAUGUGACAAAGCCAGCCUCAGUGGAUGAGCUGCUGACAAACCUCAUCAAGGGGGAUCUGCUUCCUUCUGCUCUCCUCUGGAUCACCACCCGACCAGCAGCAGCCAAUCAGAUCUCACCUGACUGUGUGGACAAGCUGACAGAAAUAAGGGGAUUCAAUGACCCACAGAAAGAGGAGUACUUCAGGAAGAGAAUCAGUGAUGAGAACCUGGCCAGCAGAACCAUCACACACCUGAAGUCAUCUAGGAGCCUCUACAUCAUGUGCCACAUUCCAGUCUUCUGCUGGAUUUCAGCCAUUGUUGCAGUGAGAACAUCAAACAAAUCAAAGCGUGUAGAAAUGCCAAGGACUCUGACUCAAAUGUACACACACUUCCUAAUCAUCCAGAUAAACAUGACAAAUGUCAAGUACACAGAGAGAAAAGAGACGGAUGAAGAGGUGAUUUUCAAACUGGGGAAACUUGCUUUCCAACAGCUGGAGAAAGGCAAUCUGAUCUUCUAUGAGGAAGACCUGAGAGAGUGUGGCAUCGAUGUCACAGAAGCAUCAGUGUACUCAGGAGUGUGUACUCAGAUCUUCAGAGAGGAGGCUGGGCUGUACCAGGGAAAGGUGUUCAGCUUUGUACAUCUGAGCAUCCAGGAGUUUCUUGCAGCUUUGUAUGUGUUCCUCUGUUUCAGCAACAGACAGAGACAUAUGUCUGACCAACAACAAACCUCUCAGCUCUCUGCUCUGUUCACAGCUGCAACACUGUACGACCUACACAAGACUGCAGUGGACCUGGCCUUACAAAGAAAAAAUGGACACCUGGACCUUUUCCUCCGCUUCCUUCUGGGCCUCUCACUGGAGUCCAAUCAGAAUAUCUUAAAGGACCUUCUGCCACAGACCAGAAGCCAAUCAGAUACUACAGGGCAAACCGUCCAGUAUGUCAAACAGAAGAUCAGAGAUCAAAGUAGCUCAGGCAGAAGGAUCAACCUGUUCUACUGUCUGAAUGAGCUCAAUCACCAUGCUGUAGUGGAAUUCAAAUGGAGCUCAGGAACUCUGUGUGUAGACAUGCUCUUACCAGGAGAGUGGAAGACUACGACAUUUAAGUUUAAAAUGUCAGACCAGCAGCUGGCUGAUUUUGACCUGCAGAAGUACAUACAGACUCCAGAGAAAGAUCAGACUGAACUCCUCAGUCCAGAUGAAGUUCUCCAGAGGCUGGUCCCAGUGGUCACAACAUGUACAUCAGCUAUUCUGGAAAACUGUGGUCUGACUGAGAAGAGCUGUUCCUAUCUGGCCUCUGUCCUGACCGCACACUCCUCAAGUCUCAGACUGCUGGACCUGAGUGUGAAUGAGCUGCUGGACUCAGGAGUGAAACGUUUAAGUUCUGCACUUGGUCAUCAAAACUGCAAACUGGAAGAACUACGGCUUUGGAACUGUAAUCUGACUAAGAAGAGCUGUUCCUAUCUGGUCUCUGCCCUGACUGAACACUCCUCAAGUCUCAGACUGCUGGACCUGGGUGGGAAUAAGCUGCUGGACUCAGGAGUGGAAAGUGUAUGUUCUGCAGUUCGUCAUCAAAACUGCAAACUAGAGGAACUAAAGUUGAGAGGCUGUAACCUGACUGAGAAGAGCUGUUCCUAUCUGGCCUCUGCCCUGGCCGCACACUCCUCAAGUCUCAGAGUGCUGGACCUGGGUAGCAAUGAUCUGACUGAACCAGCUGUAGAGAAGCUCUCUGCUCUAGUGAACAGUAGACUGGAUAAACUAAUUCUGGCUCACUGGGAGAUGGUUGUCAUGGAUACUGAUUGA